CAAAGAUAACCUUCAGCCCCAAUCAAACGUUAACUGUGAAAGAAGGUGCGGAAACGCAACUGAUUUGCAAAAACGAUGGGAACGAUCCGGGCGCAACUACUGUUUGGAAACGACAACCUACAAACACAAUUAUCACCCAAAAUGAUGAAUUAAAUUUCAAAAGUAUUAACCGGACAGAUGCAGGCCUAUACACAUGCAGGGUUUACACAAAAACCGGUGUUUAUGAAGACAAUGCAAAAGUUGUUGUGCAGUAUGCUCCCACAAUCGAUAUUCGAUAUUUUCCGACAGAAAGAAAAAUGAAGUGUUUUCCAAAUGGUGUCCCCGAUAGAUACAUGUUUGAAGACUGGGAACAUACAACGGAAUACAACGAUCAUGUAAGGUUUUUGGCGACAACGAAGGAGGGGAAUAACGCAAUUUUUACUUUUCCUCAAAAUGUGACUGGAAUGCGAUAGAGGAAUAUACAUUUGUCGGGCUUCGAAUAACAUAUCUUCAACUGAUGGAAUGUAUGUAAUGCGAAAGUAUAAUUUGAAUUUGAAUGGCACACCUUAUUUUGUCAGCUCUACUGAAAACACCCAAUAUGGAGUUUAUCUCAAGAGAGCAGAGAUUAAGAUAAAGUUUGUGAGUGUUCCCGAAUAUAACAGUUACAAUGUCUAUAAGAAUGGAACCAAAUUUGCAGAUUACACUCCAACUGUUCAAAAAAAUAUGAGAUUAACGGAUAAUAUAUAUGGUAAAAAUGUUUCGGUGAAAGGUUGGAUCAUAUCUUUACAGAUACAAAUAGACACUAUAGAUGAUUUUAACUCGUAUAAAAUAGUUGUCAAGAAUGCAAUUGGAAGUUCAAUCUAUACAAUAGACCUUGUUUCUGCAAGUGCUCCAUUCAUGCCCAAGAUUCUUCAAACAGCAGCAAAACAAACACAGAUCUUUGUUUUGUGGAUACCAGGAUUUAAUGGUGGUUUUUCACAAUGGUUUAACGUUGAAUAUAAAGAAAUAGGAGAAAUAUACUGGAAAAGUAUAACAACGCGUUCAUUCAACUUGAUAGUUAUUGGUGGAUUACAGCCAGCAACUAAAUACCUCAUUCGAAUGUUUUCAAGAAACAUGAUUGAUGACAGCAAUAGAACAGAAGAAAUUCUUAUCCAAACGGACAAAUAUGCAAUUGUAGAAACAUCCCUUUCUGUCCAAAGCGUCGUCAUUUUAUCAUUAGUGAUUAUCAUUGCAGUACUUCCGGUAGCUGGGAUGGGAUUAUAUGUUCGUAGACUGAAACAGAGGUACAGAGACAGGAUGGAACCUGCAAUAAAUGUCCAAACACCUGAAGGGACUUUCGGUGAAAGUGCUCAUUAUACAGAUAUAAUUGAAAUUGAUAACCUACAACCCACAUCGCAAUGCACUUAA